UUCCCUCGCUUGUUAUCUCGCCUUAGCUCGAGUGUCAGCGUCGCAGCAUAGUCGGAGCAUCUCACCAACAGGCGCCGUCUUCACGUCGGCUGCAGCAAACAAUCAUGGUGCAGCGCUGGCUCGUGCCCGUGGCUGCAGUCCUCGGCUGUGCCGCGUUGCUUCCUGGCGCUGAGGUCAUCGGACCCUACGUGCCAACCUGGGACUCGUUGGACAGUCGGCCGUUGCCCGCGUGGUUCGACGAAGCCAAAGUGGGCCUGUUCCUGCAUUGGGGCGUCUUCGCGGUGCCCAGUUACACGUCCGAGUGGUUUUGGUGGUACUGGCAGGGCUGGGGCGAUCCGCGGAACCCACAGCCUGCCAAGUUCAUGGCCAAAAACUACCCGCCGGACUUCACCUAUCCGGCCUUUGCGAAGGACUUCACGUGCGAAUUUUUUGACCCGGACGAGUGGGCACGCAUCUUUCAAGAAUCGGGCGCGCGGUACGUUGUUCUCACCACAAAGCAUCACGAAGGAUUCACUUUGUGGCCGUCGAACGUGAGCUUCAGCUGGAAUGCUAUGGACGUUGGGCCAAAGAGAGACUUAGUGGGAGACCUGGCCAAAGCGAUUCGAUCCAAGACCGAUCUUGUGUUCGGCGUUUACCAUUCUCUGUUCGAAUGGUUCAAUCCUCUGUUUCUUCUGGACAAGAGUAACAACUUUACCACCAGCUAUUUUUCGGAGGGCAAAACGCUCGUCGAGCUGCGGGAGCUGGUGGAGCGGUACAAGCCCGAGAUCAUCUGGUCGGACGGCGACCCAGCCCCCGCAGAAUACUGGAAGAGCCGGGAGUUCCUGGCCUGGCUGUACAACGACAGCCCUGUCCGAGACACGGUGGUCACCAACGACCGCUGGUGCAACGGCUGCCAGUGCCAUCACGGCGGAUACUUCACGUGCGACGACCGUUACAAUCCAGGGGUGCUGCAGCCGCACAAGUGGGAGAACUGCAUGACCCUGGACCGCAACUCCUGGGGCUACAGGAGAGACGCUGCUCUGGCCGACGUGCUUUCCAUACAGGAGCUCAUCAAAACGCUCGUCAAGUCAAUCAGUUGUGGAGGUAACAUCCUCAUCAACGUGGGGCCUACUCGAGACGGCAGACUGGAGCUCAUCUACCAGGAAAGGCUGCAGCAGCUGGGCCGCUGGCUCAAGGUGAACGGCGAAGCUGUCUACGGGUCGGCGGCAUGGACUUGCCAGAACGAUACUGUGGCUCCUAACGUCUGGUACACGCAGGGCCUGACCAAAGGCCGCGACCAGGCGGUGUACGUAUUCAUUUUAGAGUGGCCGGCGCAGAACCUUCUUCAGUUGGCCUCGCUGCAGCUGGGUGCCGGAUCACGGGUUGUCCUGCUGGGCGCCGAAGAAGAGACCGUAACGAUAGUGGAACAGACAGCUCUCCAAGUGACGCUGGCUCUACCGGCACUCACUGUGGACCGGUUGCCCACACCCUGGGCCUGGGUGCUCAGAGUCACAGGACCAGCCAGCGGAUACUGCCCCGAGGCGGUGCGGCCGACGAUCAUGAGCGCCGUCGAGAGGGUGUGACACCGAGCGCAGAGGCUGCGAAGGCAGGAGAACCGACGCAUCUUCUCUCUCUCAUUAUCCUCUUUCACGAGAAGAACACAGUGCCAGUGAGCACAACUUUACUACAUGUCCUCAAUGUCUGUCUAAGCCUUUGAAUAAAAGA